ACACACUUAGCGAGUAGGAUGAAAAGCUUGCCGUCGGCCCUGGGCGAAUCAACAGAUGCGAAUCGACAAAUGGCCCAGGCCGGCCGUUAUCGGUUUAGUAGCUGAUACAACCGCUGUUGCUCGCUUGGCGGCUUUAAUAUAAUCUUUUCAUCUUGACCUUCUACCGUGCUCUCGAUCUUCUCACCGCGUAGAACAAUCGAGGAGAUGGCAAGCGCGACUACGGACCAUGCUGUCUUCGACAAGCAAAUCCACGAGACCGGCGCACCGAAGCAUGGCGACCUGCAUCAAGACGUCGAAGUCGGCGCGGAGGCCGUCGACCUGGCCAGAAUCGAGAAAGUCUAUGCCAAACUCGAUCGCAGGAUUCUCCCGGCGUUCUGGGUCCUGUAUUUCAUGUGCUCGGCCAUCAGAUCGAACAUCGGACUGGCGCAGACGAUGAACAUCAAGCAGGGCCACGACCUGGCUUCACAGCUCAGUCUGACUCCCAAGCAAGUGUCUACAGGUCUUGCAUUGUUCUACGUGUGCUAUGUUCUUUUCGACCUGCCUUCGAACCUGAUCAUGUCGAGGGUCAGUCCGCAUGCGUGGAUGAGCAGGAUUGUUAUCUCGGUUGCUAUCAUCGGCAUGUGCUUCACUGCGGUGAAAGCUGUGUGGAGCUUCUACCUUCUUCGUCUGCUUCUUGGAAUUGUCAUCGCAGGCAUGUGGCCGGGCAUGUCGUACUACUUGACUCUGUUCUAUCCUCCGUCGCGGACGGGUAAGCGCAUCGGGCGCUACUUCACUGCAUCGCAGGUCUCCGCAGCUGUAGUUGGGCUGGUCUCAGCCGGAUUCCAGAAGAUGGAUGGCAUGGGCGGGCUUGUGGGCUUCCAGUGGAUGUUUUUACUUUACGGUGUGGUUGGCUUCAUGGUCGGGGUCUCGCUUCUUUGGUGGCUGCCCGAUCGACCACUGCCUCCCGGUGAGACCCGCAUCCGAACGGGCUUGGAGCGAUUCCUCCCAGCCAGCAAGCCUGCGUUGACAGGCGAGGACGCGAGGAUUCACUACGAAGACCUGACGCGGGUAUAUCACCGCCGCCAAUGGAACAUGAAGGACGUCUGGCACAUCCUCAUUGACUGGAGGCUGUGGCCGCUGGUCAUGAUGUACUUUGGCGUGGUGGGCGUAGGCAUUGGAACGCAGAACUAUGCGUCCGUCAUCAUCCGCGGCAUUAACCCGGGCCUCAGUGGCAUUGACCUGAGUUUGCUCACAGCGCCGAUCUGGAUUAUGGAUCUGAUUGCUAUCUUGAUAGUCACGCCACUCUCGGACCGCUUCCACCACCACCGCGCCCUGUUCUUCAGCGCAGCAGUCUUGAUCCAGAUCACCGGGCUGCUAGUCACGACAUUUGCAGGAGGUCUGAAUUCGUGGGCUCGCUACGGCGGCCUCUUGAUGGUGGGCUUUGGCUUGGGCCCGACAGUGCCCAUCUGCAUGGCCAUGACCAACGAGAUCUUCCAGUCGCGCCACGGCGAGGUGGGCGUUGCAGCAGCUAGCGCACUUGUGUCUGGAUUGGGCAACCUGGGCAGCAUCCUGACCACAUAUGCGCUGUACACGGGAUGGCCUGCCGACUCUGUGGGUGUGAACAAGUACCGCAAAAGCAAUCUGGUCAUGAUUGGCAUCCUGUGCGUCAGCAUCCUCUCGGCCGCGCUCAUGGUGGUGCUACUGAGGGUGUUUGGGAACGACAAGGCGAAGCAGAUCAGCAGCGCGAGCUCGACCAGCGAGGGCGAAGCUGGCUUCUUGGAUGGGGCUGCACGACGCGAGGUCCAGCAGCGAGGACUGGGACGCUUGUUCGUCUUCAGAUGAAAUGUUGGACCCUGCUUGCGGGCGGGGAUGGGUCCAGGGUGGCGUUCAGGAUUCGAAAUGCCGUGCAGGUGGGCAGGGGCACGGAAGCCCAUGGGGGUGGUCACGAGAGGGGGCCGGCUGGCGUCGCGUGCUGCGGUUGGAGCCGAGAGUCACGAUCCAUGAUCCAUUUGGGGCUGACGACAUGCGAACUGCUCGAUAGCUCUGACCGGGGUUAGCUGUGAUGAAAUGGAGCGCAGCAGGCGCAGAUGUGCACGCUCCUGCCGCAUGGUGCGGAGAAGAAUAAUGUGUGCGUGUAGACCUGCAGCCGAUAGCGGCGAUGCGGCAGAGCGGUGGUCGAAUGCCUCCUCGCGUGGUUCUCUCAGCCGAUUGGC